AUUCUUAUACUUACCCUUUGAUUGUAACUUCGCGCGAAUUCGGUUACCUUCUGUAACCAAGGUUGUAUCCUGGCACGAUCUCGGUAUCCUUUCGAUGCCACGAGAUCGCCAGCUAAUAAACCUCGACUUGGUCCAUUAAUUGCCUUCUGAUAUUUGACUUCUCGGAGAUUUUAUGGGUUUCUUUGGUUACGUUCAACCCUCGCCUUCUGAUUUAUUUGGCACGUGUUUCUUGGUAGCGGUGUUCAUAGUUAACCUCGACUCGACACCACGCUACAAUUGGUGACCCAUAUUUUGGAACACGCCUCAGCUUCUGGUCAAAUCUUCCAAAGAAGCCAAUUCGGUGAGUCUAUGAUUUAUCUAUCCACGUCUGUCGUAUAUUUUCAUAUUUAAUAUAUAAUAUACUCGACAUGACGGAUAACGAUAAGAAUAGUAUUAAUAUAAUAGACUCCCAUUCAUGUGUACCGAACUCUUGUUACUUUUUAUUCGCGUGACGAUGAAUUCCACGCUUUAUUCGAGAAAUUUUCCCCUAUUAACUAUUCUCCUCGCUGACCCGGCUGCUUGGUACGGAAUGCAUUCGCAUACGCAUUAACGUCUACCUCCCAGCAUCAAAUGGUUAAGUUGAACGGUUUCAUUGCCAACUUAAAAGUGCUCUACGAGCACACGAGAACGACAACUGGUACGAAACCUUAUCGCUCGUCCCCUUAGGUAUUCGAACGAGCUUGAAGGCAGAUAUACAAUGUUCCGCCGCUGAACUGGUAUACGGCACGACAUUGCGUCUGCCCGGAGAAUUCACACCACGGAGCAGACCUAAUUUCGGUAAAUCAGACUACGUCCAUCGACUGUCUGCAUUUAUGCGAACGCUGUCUCCGGUGUCAACUCGAAUACAACAUCGACAGGUCGCUCUCUCUCGAGAGUUAUCUACCUGUUCGCAUGUUUUUGUACGAGUAGAUUCGGUACGCAAACCUUGGCAACAACCUUACGAAGGCCCUUUUCACGUGAUCGCUCGUCACGAAAAGACCAAGGUUGAUCGAUAUGGACGCGUCGAGAUCGUCAGCGUUGAUCGUCUCAAACCAGCACACGUCGAUGACAGUGCCCUAUCUGGUAACCUGAGAUUCAAUGCUAGACCUAGCAAACCUACUAGCGGGAUCCUCAAACCAUCUUCAGGUCCCACGCUAGAUACAUCUGAGACCUCAUUCUCACGUCCCGGUCAACAGCACGCGUCAUCUGCACCGUCUACGGACGAGACGAUAGUCUCACGUCCAGAUCAGCAGACCACGCCGCCUCUGACCUCGGAUGAGAUUACAGGCUCACGCGAUACGAACGAGACUGCCGUCUCACGUUCCGGUCGCCGAGUGCGGUUGCCCGUACGCUUCCGCGACUAGUCGCACAGUCAACACCCGAUACGGUGUAGUGUUAUUCCUAUGCUACAUGCAUGCUACACUCUUCUCUUUUUUGAUUUUCUUUUUGUUUCCUGAGCCCACGCCUUCGACCACCUCCGUUUGGUUCCGUCGACUUCAGUCAACUUUGGCGAAAGCUGGACUGGCCACCCAUGCUCUUGUCAACGCACUCAGUCGAUAUUUUGGUUUCGAAUGCUUGGCAUACGCUUGGUCUCGAACUUGGUCGUUACGGUCGCUUCUGGUCUUUUGGCUCAACGUGGUUUCGUCCUUCGUCUGCAGCGUUUAUGGUCCGGACCCGUACGAACGCCCUCUUCAGAUUCUGGAUACAAACCACUCUCGUGUAGCAUGCCAACUCAAGCAAUACAUACAGCACAUCGCUCCUGGUACCGUUCUCCGAAAACGACCUUCGUUGGCAACUCGACGAUCAACGAUCGCUUUCCUGUUCGCCAAUUCUUCCGUCCUACAAUCGCUCGUCAGCCGAUCAGUCCCACGAUUUAAACCGCUAUUUAUCGAAAGUGUAAACCCUUUCUAGCGGGGGGCUCCUGUAGUGACUCACAUUUAUCACGAGAACACGACUGGUGUAAUAAAAACAAUUAUUAUUAUAACUAACUGUACCAGUGUUUGUUUUAAUGUGCUUUUGUUUGACUGUGCUAAUGACAGCUAUGUUGUGCUUCCAUUCUUAUACUUACCCUUUGAUUGUAACUUCGCGCGAAUUCGGUUACCUUCUGUAACCAAGGUUGUAUCCUGGCACGAUCUCGGUAUCCUUUCGAUGCCACGAGAUCGCCAGCUAAUAAACCUCGACUUGGUCCAUUAAUUGCCUUCUGAUAUUUGACUUCUCGGAGAUUUUAUGGGUUUCUUUGGUUACGUUCAACCCUCGCCUUCUGAUUUAUUUGGCACGUGUUUCUUGGUAGCGGUGUUCAUAGUUAACCUCGACUCGACACCACGCUACAAUUGGUGACCCAUAUUUUGGAACACGCCUCAGCUUCUGGUCAAAUCUUCCAAAGAAGCCAAUUCGGUGAGUCUAUGAUUUAUCUAUCCACGUCUGUCGUAUAUUUUCAUAUUUAAUAUAUAAUAUACUCGACAUGACGGAUAACGAUAAGAAUAGUAUUAAUAUAAUAGACUCCCAUUCAUGUGUACCGAACUCUUGUUACUUUUUAUUCGCGUGACGAUGAAUUCCACGCUUUAUUCGAGAAAUUUUCCCUAUUAACUAUUCUCCUCGCUGACCCGGCUGCUUGGUACGGAAUGCAUUCGCAUACGCAUUAACGUCUACCUCCCAGCAUCAAAUGGUUAAGUUGAACGGUUUCAUUGCCAACUUAAAAGUGCUCUACGAGCACACGAGAACGACAACUGGUACGAAACCUUAUCGCUCGUCCCCUUAGGUAUUCGAACGAGCUUGAAGGCAGAUAUACAAUGUUCCGCCGCUGAACUGGUAUACGGCACGACAUUGCGUCUGCCCGGAGAAUUCACACCACGGAGCAGACCUAAUUUCGGUAAAUCAGACUACGUCCAUCGACUGUCUGCAUUUAUGCGAACGCUGUCUCCGGUGUCAACUCGAAUACAACAUCGACAGGUCGCUCUCUCUCGAGAGUUAUCUACCUGUUCGCAUGUUUUUGUACGAGUAGAUUCGGUACGCAAACCUUGGCAACAACCUUACGAAGGCCCUUUUCACGUGAUCGCUCGUCACGAAAAGACCAAGGUUGAUCGAUAUGGACGCGUCGAGAUCGUCAGCGUUGAUCGUCUCAAACCAGCACACGUCGAUGACAGUGCCCUAUCUGGUAACCUGAGAUUCAAUGCUAGACCUAGCAAACCUACUAGCGGGAUCCUCAAACCAUCUUCAGGUCCCACGCUAGAUACAUCUGAGACCUCAUUCUCACGUCCCGGUCAACAGCACGCGUCAUCUGCACCGUCUACGGACGAGACGAUAGUCUCACGUCCAGAUCAGCAGACCACGCCGCCUCUGACCUCGGAUGAGAUUACAGGCUCACGCGAUACGAACGAGACUGCCGUCUCACGUUCCGGUCGCCGAGUGCGGUUGCCCGUACGCUUCCGCGACUAGUCGCACAGUCAACACCCGAUACGGUGUAGUGUUAUUCCUAUGCUACAUGCAUGCUACACUCUUCUCUUUUUUGAUUUUCUUUUUGUUUCCUGAGCCCACGCCUUCGACCACCUCCGUUUGGUUCCGUCGACUUCAGUCAACUUUGGCGAAAGCUGGACUGGCCACCCAUGCUCUUGUCAACGCACUCAGUCGAUAUUUUGGUUUCGAAUGCUUGGCAUACGCUUGGUCUCGAACUUGGUCGUUACGGUCGCUUCUGGUCUUUUGGCUCAACGUGGUUUCGUCCUUCGUCUGCAGCGUUUAUGGUCCGGACCCGUACGAACGCCCUCUUCAGAUUCUGGAUACAAACCACUCUCGUGUAGCAUGCCAACUCAAGCAAUACAUACAGCACAUCGCUCCUGGUACCGUUCUCCGAAAACGACCUUCGUUGGCAACUCGACGAUCAACGAUCGCUUUCCUGUUCGCCAAUUCUUCCGUCCUACAAUCGCUCGUCAGCCGAUCAGUCCCACGAUUUAAACCGCUAUUUAUCGAAAGUGUAAACCCUUUCUAGCGGGGGCUCCUGUAGUGACUCACAUUUAUCACGAGAACACGACUGGUGUAAUAAAAACAAUUAUUAUUAUAACUAACUGUACCAGUGUUUGUUUUAAUGUGCUUUUGUUUGACUGUGCUAAUGACAGCUAUGUUGUGCUUCCAUUCUUAUACUUACCCUUUGAUUGUAACUUCGCGCGAAUUCGGUUACCUUCUGUAACCAAGGUUGUAUCCUGGCACGAUCUCGGUAUCCUUUCGAUGCCACGAGAUCGCCAGCUAAUAAACCUCGACUUGGUCCA